AUGGACUCUACCGUUGAAAAAGGAGUAAGCUCAACUGAGGAAGUUGAAGAAGGGGUGGCCUCAACUGGGGAAGGUGACCAAGAGGUCUUUCAGGUGGAGGCGAUCAGGGGACAGCGAAAAGUGAGGGGGAAACUGGAGUAUUUGCUGAAAUGGCAAGGCUAUCCGGAGUCCGAUAACACUUGGGAACCGGCAGGAUCCAUCAUGUGCUGGGAUCUCAUAGAUGAGUUUAAGAAGACAAUUGAGUCGGAAAAGACAAAGUCUGAAGACGCGAAAAACGCACAGAAGAAAAAGAAAAAGAAGGCAGCCAAACCCAAAGAAGUGGAAGAAGCUGAGAUAAAAGAUGACAAAGCAGCUGGAUCAAGUCCUUCCGAAGAAGAAAACCCGGACAAAAACGCUGAGAAGGGGGCAACGGGAAAGGGUAAAAAGAAGAAAGCUCGUUCAACUAUUGUACAUUUGCCUCCACCAAAUCUAGAGGAAUUCGAAAUUUGCGAUACUACCGGCGAAGGCAACGGAUUUGAGCGUGGAUUGCAGAUUGAAAAGAUCACAGGAGCGACCUGCCGUGAGGGCGACGAGAUUUAUUUCCUUGUGAUGUUUCAAGGCGAGAAUUUUGCCGAGCUCAUUUCUAGAGAGGAAUGCAAUAAGUGGGCCCCCGUGAAGGUGAUCGAGUUCUACGAGGGACGACUGCAUUGGUACCAGCCACCAAAGGAGUGA